ACCUCCUAACUGAGCCCAGCUAACAACCUUGCUGGGAGCCUGGAGCAUCCCAGCCCAGAUGGGACCUCACCAGCGCCUGGACGGAGGAGCAGCAGCUGCUUGUAAACUGCUCGUCUUAUUCACUGCAUGCUUGUUGCAAACUAGCUGCCAAGGGUGUGAGAGUGGGCAGUUUCGUUGUGGGAAUGGCCGCUGUAUCCCUGCAGAAUGGAGAUGUGAUGGAGCAAGAGACUGUUCGGAUGACACCGAUGAAGCAGGCUGUCCACAUCCCACCUGUGAAGGAAGUCAGUUUCAGUGUCACAGUGAUGGAGAAUGCAUCCCACAGUCAUGGGUGUGUGAUGAUGAAGAGGACUGUGAAGAUGGCUCCGAUGAACAUCAGCAGUGCCCCGGGCGGACAUGCUCCAGUCAGCAAUAUACCUGUUUGAAUGGACAGUGUAUCCCAAGAGCAUACAGGUGUGAUCGAGUGAAGGACUGCACUGAUGGAACAGAUGAGAGAGGCUGCCAGUACCCAGCCUGUGAUGAGCUAACUUGUUCCAAUGGCGCAUGUUUUAAUGCAAGCCAGCACUGCGAUGGCAAAGUGGAUUGCAGAGAUGCAUCUGAUGAAACGAACUGUACUCAUGGAUGCUCCAACACCCAGUUUCAGUGCGGCAAUGGAGAAUGUAUCCCUCGAGCCUUUGUUUGUGACCAUGAUGAUGACUGCGGAGACAGGAGUGAUGAACACGCUUGCAUAUAUGCAACUUGUAAAGGGAAUUUCUACACUUGCCCCAGUGGCCGCUGCAUUCAUCAGAGUUGGAUUUGUGACGGAGAUGAUGACUGUGAAGAUAAUGAGGAUGAAACAGGAUGUGAGAGUGGCCACCGAGACUGCUACCCAGGUGAAUGGGCCUGCCCUGUAUCAGGGCAAUGCAUUCCAGUUGGUAAAGUCUGUGAUGGGACUCCAGACUGUCCUUCUGGGGAAGAUGAAACAAACCUAACCAUAGGCAGGCACUGCAACAUAUCUCGCUGUGCUGCCUUGAGUUGCCAAUACCGCUGUCAUUCUUCUCCCUCUGGAGGAACAUGCUAUUGCCCUGCGGGAUACAUAAUUAGUGGCAAUGACAGUCGCACCUGCAUUGAUUUUGAUGAUUGCAAGAUGUGGGGUAUUUGUGAUCAAGUAUGUGAAGACCGUGUUGGCCACCAUCGGUGUCGCUGUGCAGAAGGUUAUGUCCUGGAACAUCACCGUCACUGCAGAGCCAAUACCUCAUCUGGAGUUGCCUCGGUUAUUUUUUCCAAUGGUCGUGAUUUGCUCAUUGGAGAUGUUCAUGGACGGAGUUUUCGUACUCUGAUACAAUCCCAGAAUCGUGGAGUAGCUGUUGGUGUGGACUUUCACUUUCAGCUUCGCAGGAUAUUUUGGACAGAUACAGUGCAAGAUAAGGUCUUUUCAGUUGGUGUUGAUGGCUCAAAUAUCCAUGAAGUUUUAAAUGUUUCAGUUGAUACACCUGAAAAUCUAGCUGUGGACUGGAUUAACAAUAAGCUAUAUAUAGUGGAGACCAGUGUCAACAGAAUUGAUAUGGUAAAUUUGGAUGGAACUAAUCGUGUAACUCUUAUUGCUGAAAGUCUGGGAAACCCAAGAGGAAUAGCUGUUGAUCCUACUGUUGGUUAUUUAUUUUUCUCAGAUUGGGAUAAUCUCUCUGGUGAUCCUAAAGUGGAAAGAGCCUUCAUGGAUGGAACAAACCGUCUAGACUUGGUGAAAACAAAAUUAGGCUGGCCUGCUGGAAUAACUUUGGAUAUUAUAUCAAAGAGACUUUACUGGGUGGAUAGCCGAUUUGAUUAUAUUGAAACUGUGACAUAUGAUGGACUACAGAGGAGAACAAUAGCUCACGGGGGUUCAUUGAUUCCACAUCCAUAUGGAAUAAGCCUUUUUGAACAUAAUGUAUAUUUUACUGACUGGACAAAGAUGGCAGUGAUGAAAGCUAAUAAAUUUGUGGAUUCUAACCCACAAGUAAUUUAUCAAUCUUCAUUGCGUCCAUAUGGAGUGACGGUUUAUCAUGCUCUCAGGCAGCCCUAUGUAACAAAUCCCUGUGGUGGUAAUAAUGGAGGCUGUGAGCAGAUCUGUGUCCUCAGUCACAAAACAGAUAACGAUGGUCUUGGCUAUCGCUGCAAAUGCAUGCUGGGCUUUGACUUACACACAGAUGGACGGCGUUGCAUUGCUGUGCAACAGUUUUUGCUCUUUUCAUCUCAGCUAGCCGUGCGUGGAAUCCCAUUCAAUCUUUCCACCCAGGAAGAUGUGAUCAUUCCUGUGACAGGGAGCCCAUCUUACUUUGUUGGCAUUGACUUUCAUGCACAGGAGGACACCAUCUUCUUUUCAGACACAACCAAAGAUAUAAUAUAUAAGCAAAAAACGGAUGGGACAGGCAGGGAAAUCCUUGCAUCCAACAGAGUAGAAGGAGUUGAAGAUUUGGCUUUUGAUUGGAUAUCAAAGAAUCUCUACUGGACAGACCCUCGCUAUAGGAGUAUUAGUGUCAUGAGGCUGGCUGAUAAAUCAAGGCGAGCUAUUGUCCAGAAUCUGAAUAAUCCUCGUUCAAUAGUGGUUCACCCUGUUAUUGGAUAUAUAUUCUGGACAGAUUGGUUCCGCCCUGCAAAGAUUAUGAGAGCUUGGAGUGAUGGAUCUCAUGCCUUAUCAAUUGUGAAUACAACACUUGGCUGGCCUAAUGGUUUAGCAAUUGAUUGGAGUUCCUUAAGGCUUUACUGGGUGGAUGCCUUUUUUGAUAAAAUUGAACACAGCACCUUUGAUGGAUUAGACAGGAGGUCACUUGAACGCAUUAAUCAGAUGACGCACCCAUUUGGUCUCACAAUCUUUGGAGGUUAUGCUUAUUUUACUGAUUGGAGGCUUGGCGGAAUAGUUCGAGUACGAAAGUCGGAUGGAGGAGAAAUGACUGUUAUUAGGAGAGGAAUCAAUAAUAUCAUGCAUGUGAAAGCAUAUAAUGCUAAUUCUCAAAUAGGCACUAAUUAUUGCAAUAGAGCAACUAAUCCCAAUGGAGACUGCAGCCACUUCUGCUUCCCAGUACCUAAUUUUCAGAGGGUUUGUGGCUGCCCCUAUGGAAUGAAGCUGAGUUCUAAUCAGCUGACCUGUGUUGAAGAUCCAUCCAAUGAGCCCCCCACUUUACAGUGUGGUGCAUACUCCUUUUCCUGUGGCAAUGGAAGAUGUGUCCCCCGGUUCUAUCGGUGUGAUGGUAUGAAUGAUUGCCAUGAUAACAGUGAUGAACAGAACUGUGGAUCUCUAAACAAUUCCUGUGCCACAUCAGCCUUUACCUGUAGAAAUGGCCAGUGCAUUCCCAGCCGAUGGCGUUGUGAUAAGCAUAAUGACUGUCUUGAUGGUAGUGAUGAACUGCACUGCCCCACACAGGGCCCCACAUCAUGCCCUGCAGCUUUGUUCACCUGUGAUAACAACAAGUGCAUUCCCCGAAUUUGGUUGUGUGAUACGGACAAUGACUGUGGUGAUGGGUCAGAUGAGAAGAACUGCACUUUCACUGAGACAUGUGAAGCAGGUCAGUUUCAGUGUCCUGAUCAUCGGUGCAUUGAUCCAUUUUAUGUCUGUGAUGGGGACAAGGACUGUGUAGAUGGAGCAGAUGAACAUGAUUGCAUCUACAACUGUAGUUCCACUGAAUUUAAAUGUGCAAGUGGAGACCAGUGUAUCAGUAAUUAUUACAAGUGUGAUGGUGUCUUUGACUGCAAUGAUCACUCAGAUGAGGCUGGUUGUCCUACAAGACCACCUGGGAUGUGCCACCAAAAUGAAUUCCAGUGUCAGUCAGAUGGUAGCUGUAUCCCAGUUAGCUGGGAAUGUGAUGGACACCCUGACUGUGUGGAUGGCUCAGAUGAGCAUCACAGAUGUCCACCCAGGACCUGCCCUCCUUCUCUUUUCCACUGUGAUAAUGGGAACUGCAUCUACCGUGCUUGGAUCUGCGAUGGUGACAAUGACUGCAGGGAUAUGAGUGAUGAGAGAGAUUGUCCCACUCAGCCUUUUCGGUGCCCCAGCUGGCAGUGGCAAUGUCCAGGCCACAGUCUCUGUGUAAACCUGAGCAAAGUAUGUGACAAUCUUGCUGAUUGUCCUAAUGGAGCUGAUGAAUCGCCUCUCUGCAAUGAGCCUCAGCCAGACCAGGAGACCUGUUCUGAUAAUAACGCAGGCUGUACACAUGAAUGCAUUCAAGGUCCCUUCGGAGCUCAGUGUUCUUGCCCAUUUGGAUACCAGCUUGCCAACGACUCCAAGACCUGUGAAGACAUUAAUGAAUGUGACCCUCCAGGGUUUUGCAGCCAGCACUGUCACAAUGAAAGAGGAUCCUUUAGAUGUUACUGUGAUGAAGGUUAUGUGUUAGAACCUAACGGGAAGACUUGCAAAGUAGCAGAGUCUGGCAAUUUUCUCUUAUUAGUGGCAAGCCGUAACCAAAUUGUUAUUAACAACAUCACUUCUCAAGCACAACGCAUUUAUUCUUUGAUUCGAGAUGGAAGGAACAUAGUCGCUAUUGAUUUUGAUACAGUGACUGAUCGAAUCUUUUGGUCUGAUACUACACAGGACAAAAUUUGGAGUGCAUACCAAAAUGGAACAGACAGAAAAGUAGUGUUUGACAGUGGUGUCACUGUAACAGAAAGCAUAGCAGUCGACUGGGUAGGCCGCAAUCUUUAUUGGACGGACUUUGUCCUAGAAACGAUUGAAGUUUCCAGACUUGAUGGAAGCCACAGGACUGUGCUGAUCAGUGAAAAUGUAACAAACCCAAGGGGACUAGUGUUAGAUCCCAGGAUGGAUGCUCAUGUGAUGUUCUGGACUGACUGGGGUCGGAACCCUCGCAUUGAAAGAGCAAGCAUGGAUGGCACAUUGCGAACUGCCAUCAUCAGUGACAAGAUCUAUUGGCCCAACGGGCUUUCCAUUGACUAUCCAAACAAACUGCUGUAUUUUGCGGACGCCUACCUUGAUUACAUUGAUUUCUGCGAUUACAAUGGAAACAACAGGCGGCAAGUCGUGGCAAGUGACUUGGUGUUGCAGCAUCCCCAUGCUCUCACUCUCUUUGAAGAUUUUGUAUACUGGAGUGACCGAUAUUCCAAUCGCGUUAUUCGAGCCAACAAGUGGCAUGGCAGAAAUCAAACAGUUAUGAUUUAUAACAUUCACCAGCCUCUGGGUCUUGUUGCAGUUCACCCUGUGAGACAACCUACUGGUACCAAUUCUUGCAGUGCAUCCCCCUGUAGCCACCUGUGCUUACUUUCUUCAUCGGGGCCACAAUUUUAUUCUUGUGCUUGCCCAUCUGGAUGGACUCUGUCUCCUGAUAAAGUGAGCUGCAUGAGAGUUGAAGAGCCAUUCCUUAUAGCUGUUAGAGACAACAUAAUUUAUGGUAUUUCUCUGAAUCCCGAGGAAAAGACAAAUGAUGCCAUGGUUCCAAUAGCAGGAGUGCAAAGUGGUGUUGAUGUUGACUUCGAUGACUCUGAGCAGAUGAUCUACUGGGUUGAAAAUCCAGGUGAAAUUCAUAGAGUGAAGUCAGAUGGGACCAACAGGACAAUAUUUGCCCCUGCAGCUGUUAUUGGUGCCCCUAUGGGCCUGGCUUUAGACUGGAUAUCUGGGAACCUCUAUUAUAGUAACCCUGGCACACAGUCUAUCGAGGUACUGAAGCUCCACAGUGCUGUAACCUACCGAAAAACAUUGAUUACCAAUGAUGGGACUGCUACAGGAUCUGGAACACCGAUUGGUUUGGCUGUUGAUCCAAUCCAAGGGAAGCUGUAUUGGACAGACCAAGGAACUGACAGUGGGGUCCCAGCAAAGAUUGCCAGUGCAAACAUGGAUGGUUCAGAUAUCAAAACCCUCUUCACUGGUAACCUGGACCAUGUAGAGUUUAUCACCAUUGAUAUCAAGGAACAAAAGCUGUAUUGGCCAGUCACAAGCACUGGUGUGAUUGAACGAGGAAAUGUGGAUGGCACUAAUAGGAUAACUCUGGUUUUCCAUCUCUCUCACCCUUGGGGAGUGGCUGUCCAUGGUUCUUUUCUGUACUACACUGACCGAGAUUAUGAGGUCAUUGAGCGGGUUGACAAGUCCACUGGAGCAAACAAAGUGGUCCUGAGAGACAAUGUCUCAAGACUGAAAUGUCUCAGAGUGUUUUACCGAGAGAAUUUUGCUGGGUCCUCAAAUGGCUGCAGUAACAACAUUGGGAUUUGUCAGCAGCUGUGCCUGCCUGUGCCUGGUGGGUUAUUUUCUUGUGCCUGCGCUACUGGCUUUAAGUUAAAUCCUGAUAACAAGACCUGCUCACCAUACAAUUCCUUUGUCGUCGUCUCCAUGCUGUCUGCAAUUAAAGGAUUUAGCUUAGAGACAUCUGACCAUUCUGAAGCAAUGGUCCCCUUGGCAGGAAGGGGGAGAAAUGCGCUACAUGUGGAUGUCCACAUGCCCUCUGGUUUCAUUUACUGGUGUGACUUCAGCAGCAGUGUUCCUUCUCAGAAUGCCAUACGCAAAAUUAAGCCAGAUGGCUCCUAUUUUAGAAAUGUCAUCACAAAUGGGAUAGGACGCAAUGGGAUACGCGGCAUUGCUAUUGACUGGGUAGCAGGAAAUCUCUAUUUUACCAACGCAUUCCUGACAGAAACAUUUAUAGAAGUUCUUCGUUUAAACACUUCUUUGCGUCGUGUGGUGCUUAAAACAACUGUGGAUAUGCCAAGGCAUAUUGUAGUAGACCCCAAAAACAGAUACCUCUUUUGGGCAGACUAUGGACAGAACCCCAAGAUAGAACGUGCAUUUCUCGACUGCACCAAUAGGACUGUGCUGGUAUCUGAAGGGAUUGUAACACCACGUGGUUUAGCAGUAGAUCACAGCAAUGGUUAUAUUUAUUGGGUAGAUGAUUCUUUAGACAUGAUUGCGAGAAUUCCACAUGAUGGUGGAGAACCUGAAAUUGUCCGCUAUGGCAGUCGUUACCCAACCCCAUAUGGCAUUACUAUUUUUGAAAACUCUAUGAUUUGGGUGGAUAGGAACUUGAAAAAAAUCUUCCAAGCCAGUAAAGAGCCCAGAAAUACCGAACAGCCAACAGUUAUUAGAGACAAUAUCAAUUGGCUGAGGGAUGUUACCAUAUACAACAGCCAUUAUCAGUCAGUGUCACCAGUUGAUGUCAACAAUAAUCCGUGCUUGGAGAACAAUGGAGGCUGUUCUCAUCUGUGUUUUGCACUCCCUGAUCUGCAAACGCCAAAGUGUGGGUGUGCAUUUGGACUGCUAGACAACGAUGGCAAGAGAUGCUUCAUUUCAACGGACAACUACCUGAUCUUUGCCUUGGAGAAUGCCCUUAGAAGCAUUCAUCUGGAUCCUGAGAAUCAUAGCCCUCCAUUCCGCACAAUGACUGUAUUAAGAACUGCAGUAGCUCUUGACUAUGACAGUGUGAACAACAUAAUGUAUUUCACCCAAAGUUCUCCAGCAGGCACAGGAAGAAUCAGUUAUGUUAGUAUCUACUCUGGAACUGGGAACCCCACUGUAGUGGCAUCAGAUUUGGGAACUCCAGAUGGCAUAGCCUUUGACUGGAUCAACCACAGACUUUACUACAGUGACUAUCUUAAUCAGACUAUCAGUUCAAUGGCUGUGGAUGGAUCUAAUCGUUCUGUGGUGGCCCGAGUUCCACGUCCAAGGGCCAUUGUUUUGGAUCCUUGUCGAGGGUACAUGUACUGGACUGACUGGAGUUCCAGUGCUAAGAUAGAACGAGCAACGCUUGGAGGAAACUUCAGGACAGCCAUCGUGAGCACCAACUUAGUAUGGCCAAAUGGACUUACGCUGGAUUAUGAGGAAGAACAGCUUUACUGGGCUGAUGCAAAUUUACAGAAGAUUGAACGCAGCUCCCUUACGGGUGCUAAUCGUGAGGUCGUUAUUAGCACAGCUCUGUAUCCAUUUGCAAUGACUGUGUUUGAUCAACACAUUUACUGGACAGACUGGAACACUCGAAGUAUUUACCGAGCCAACAAAUACGAUGGGUCAGAUCAGAUUGUUAUGGUCUCAGGCCUGCCAUACAGACCGAUGGAUAUUCAUGUCUGGGCCAAGAGCAAACAGCAGCAGUGCACCAAUCCUUGUAACCAGUUUAAUGGUGGUUGCAGUCAUAUCUGUGUACCAGGCCCAACUGGUGCAGAGUGUCAAUGUCCUUCUGAAGGACACUGGUAUUUAGCCAAUAAUAACAAGCAUUGUAUUGUGGACAAUGGCACCAGGUGUGGAGGAGGCCUCUUCACCUGUCUUAAUGGACGGUGCAUCUCAGAGCGCUGGAAGUGUGACAACGAUAAUGACUGCGGAGAUGGCAGUGAUGAACUGGAAAGUGUGUGUGCUUUUCAUACCUGUCAGCCAACAGCUUUCACCUGUGGCAAUGGGCGGUGUGUACCCUACCCUUAUCGCUGUGAUCACUACAAUGACUGUGGAGACAACAGUGAUGAGGUGGGCUGCUUGUUCCGAACUUGUGACUCCCACACAGAAUUUACUUGCAAUAAUGGAAGGUGUAUAUCUCUUGAAUACGUCUGCAAUGGUGUAAACAACUGUUAUGAUAAUGGCACUUCAGAUGAGAGAAAUUGCCCUGAACGUACCUGUCAAUCUGGUUAUACAAAAUGUCAGAGCACCAACAUAUGCAUUCCACGAACUUAUCUGUGUGAUGGAGAUAAUGACUGUGGUGACAUGAGUGAUGAGAGCCCCACUCACUGUGUCUCACUGACCUGCACCAAUACCGAGUUUCGUUGCUCAUCUGGACGUUGCAUUCCUGCUCACUGGUACUGUGAUCAAGCAAUAGACUGUGCUGAUGGCUCAGAUGAGCCUGCCUCUUGUGUUCCCCCGGUGAGGAGCUGUUCAAGUGACCAGUUCAGAUGUGACGAUGGCAGAUGUAUCCCAGCAACAUGGAUCUGUGAUGGUGAUAAUGACUGUGGCGAUAUGAGUGAUGAAGAUCAAAGACACAAUUGUGCAAAUCGCAGCUGCUCACCAUCUGAGUUCACAUGUGUGAACAAUGAGCCCUCACUAAGAAGGUGCAUCCCUAGGGCCUGGGUCUGUGAUGGGGAUGCUGACUGCAGUGACGCUUAUGAUGAGCAUCAGAACUGCACAAGAAGGCCAUGCAUGGACAAUGAAUUCACAUGUAGUAAUGGACUGUGCAUCCGCAACACCUACAGGUGUGACAGGCGCAAUGACUGUGGUGACAGCAGUGAUGAGAGAGGUUGCAUCUAUCAGCCCUGCCCACAACACCAGUUUACCUGUCAAAAUGGCCGCUGCAUAUCAAAAGCCUACAUCUGUGAUGGAGACAAUGACUGUGGUGAUGAGUCAGAUGAGUUGGAGCAUCUCUGUGUUACACCAGAAGCAACUUGUGCCCCACAUUAUUUUCAGUGUGACAAUGGAAACUGCAUUGAGAUAGUCAAACUUUGCAACCGGAUAGAUGAUUGCCUUGAUAAUAGUGAUGAGAAAGGAUGUGGCAUCAAUGAAUGUAAUGACUCUUCAAUCAGUGGCUGUGACCAUGACUGCACAGACACCCAGACCAGCUUCUAUUGUUCUUGUCGUCCUGGAUACAGGCUCAUGUCCAAUAAAAGGACUUGUGAUGACAUUGAUGAGUGUGGUGAAACACCGUCAGUGUGUAGCCAGAUUUGUGAGAAUACUGUGGGCUCCUACAUCUGUAAGUGCGCACCAGGCUAUAUCCGUGAGCCUGAUGGGAAGAGCUGCCGGCAAAAUAGUAACAUCUCACCCUACCUUAUCUUUAGCAACCGCUAUUACCUAAGAAACCUCACUACAGAUGGUCGGUCAUAUUCUCUUAUUUUGCAAGGACUCAGUAAUGUGGUGGCGCUGGACUUUGACAGGGUGGAAAAGAGGCUAUACUGGAUUGAUGUGGGCAGGAGGGUCAUUGAAAGAAUGUUUUUCAAUGGGACUAACAAGGAAGCAGUCAUUAGUGAUGGUGUGCCCAAUGGGGAAGGUAUCGCUGUGGACUGGGUUGGCAGAAAACUGUAUUGGGUAGAUGCCUACAAGGAUUGCCUCUAUGUUGCUGAGCUUGAUGGUCGAUUUAGGAAAAAACUAGUUGAUCGGUGUUUGGAUUCCAACAACACCUACUGUUUUCAGUACCCUAGAGCUAUUGUUGUUCAUCCCAAAUAUGGACAGGUCUUCUGGACAGACUGGGCAGAGAAAGCAUAUAUUGGACGUGUGGGAAUGGAUGGCAAGAAUAAGACGGUGAUUAUCUCUGCCAAGUUAGAGUGGCCUAAUGGACUCACCCUAGAUUACACCAACGACAAGCUCUACUGGGCAGAUGCCCAUCUGAACUACAUUGAGUAUUCUGACUUGGAUGGUCAACACCGUCACACUGUCUAUGAUGGAACAUUACCUCAUCCAUUUGCGAUUACAAUUUUUGAAGAUACAAUCUACUGGACUGACUGGAACACAAGGACAGUUGAAAAGGGAAAUAAAUAUGAUGGGUCAGGCAGGGCUGUUCUGGUGAAUACCACACACAGACCCUUUGAUAUCCAUGUCUAUCACCCAUACAGGCAGCCAAUUGUGAGUAAUCCUUGUGGAACCAACAAUGGUGGCUGUUCUCAUCUGUGUCUAAUAAAAAGUGGUGGCAAUGGCUAUUCCUGUGAAUGCCCAGAUAACUUCAUGGUAGUCCAUUUUGGCAGCGCAGCUCACUGCCUCCCGAUGUGCUCCAGCACCCAGUUCCUGUGCGCAGACAGUGAAAGGUGUAUUCCCAUCUGGUGGAAGUGUGAUGGGCAGAGAGAUUGUAGAGAUGGCUCUGAUGAACCUCCCACAUGCCCUCACAGAUACUGCCGGGUUGGGCAGUUUCAGUGCAGUGAUGGUAACUGCACUAGUUCCCACUACUUGUGUAAUGGUCAGCAAGAGUGUCCGGAUGGAUCCGAUGAAGAUCAUGUGCUUUGCGCCAAUCACCAGUGUGAGUCCCAUCAGUGGCAAUGCGCCAACAAACGAUGCAUCCCAGAAGCCUGGCAGUGUGACCGUGAGGAUGACUGUGGGGAUAACUCGGAUGAGGACAGCUCUCACUGUGCCAGCAGGACCUGCCCUCCGGGACAGUUUAAAUGUGACAAUGGCCGCUGUAUUCCUCAGUCCUGGAAGUGUGAUGUGGACGAUGACUGUGGUGAUAACUCCGAUGAGCCAGUUCAUGAAUGCAUGGGUCCUGCCUAUCGGUGUGAUAACCACACAGAAUUCAGCUGUAGGACAAAUUACCGCUGUGUCCCAUUCUGGGCUGUAUGCAAUGGUCACAAUGACUGCAGAGACAACAGUGAUGAACAAAGCUGUGAGGAAAUAACCUGCAAUCCAAUGGGAGAUUUCCGCUGUGAUAAUCACCGGUGUAUCCCGCUAAGGUGGAAAUGUGAUGGAGAUAAUGACUGUGGAGAUGAAUCUGAUGAACAAAACUGCAGUCCCCGUGAGUGCACAGAAAGUGAAUAUCGAUGUGACAAUCUGCGUUGCAUUCCUUCUCGGUGGAUAUGUGAUCAUGAUAAUGACUGUGAGGACAACUCAGAUGAACGUGACUGUGUGCUAAGGACAUGCCACCCAGGUUAUUUCCAAUGCAACAGUGGGCAUUGUGUAGCAGAACGGUUCCAAUGUGAUGGAAGUGCAGAUUGUCUGGAUUUCUCUGAUGAAGCAACUUGCCCCACCCGCUAUCCUAAUGGCACUUACUGUCAUCCUAUUAUGUUUGAGUGUAAAAACCAUGUUUGUAUCCAGCCAUACUGGAAAUGUGAUGGUGACGAUGACUGUGGAGAUGGUUCAGAUGAAGAACUUCACCUCUGCUUGGAUGUUACCUGUGAGCCACCGUUCCGCUUCCGCUGUGGAAAUAACCGCUGCAUCUACAGCCAUGAACUGUGCAACCAGCAGGAUGACUGUGGAGAUGGAAGUGAUGAGAGAGAAGAACAUUGCAGAGAACCCACUCCUAAACCUUGCACUACUGAAGAAUUCAAGUGUGGCAAUGGAAACUGCAUCCCACUACACUACGUGUGUGACAAUUACGAUGAUUGUGGAGACCACUUUGAUGAACUGGGCUGCAAUGCUGGAACAGGUAGAACUUGUGCUGAAAAUGUCUGUGAACACAAUUGUACUAACUUAAGUGAAGGAGGCUUUAUAUGUACCUGCAGGCCUGGUUAUAGCCCCAGUGAACUGAACAGAAACACCUGUGAAGACAUCAAUGAAUGUGAAAUCUUUGGAACUUGCCCCCAGAUCUGUAAGAAUUCCAAAGGAAAUUACGAAUGUUUCUGUGCAGAAGGAUUCCGCUCUGUUGGGGAUCAACAGGGAAAACAGUGUGCAGCCAGUGGUGACCCACCAAUCUUACUCCUGCCUGACAAUGUCCGAAUACGAAGGUAUAAUAUGUCCUCUGAGCAAUACUCUGACUAUAUUGAAAAUGAGGAACACAUUCAAGCACUUGACUAUGAUUGGGACCCUGAGGGAAUGGGCCUCAGUGUUGUAUAUUACAGCAUUCUGGGGCAUGGUUCAGAUUUUGGUUCCAUCAAACGUGCCUAUAUACCCACCUUUGAAAGCAGCAGAAAUAAUCCUGUGAAGGAAGUUGACUUGAAUCUGAAAUACCUGGUCAGUCCUGUUGGUUUGGCUGUGGAUUGGGUUGGAAGGCAUCUUUACUGGACUGAUGCUGGGACAAAUCGAGUAGAAGUAGCAAAGCUUGAUGGAAGGUACAGGAAGUGGCUCAUCUACUCUCUUCUGGACGAACCAGCAGCAAUUGCUGUCAACCCUAAACUUGGGCUAUUGUAUUGGACUGACAGGGGAAGACACCCCAAAAUUGAAAGUGCCUGGAUGGAUGGGCAGCAGAGGCGAACGCUGGUCUUUGAGGACCUUGGCUGGCCAACCGGCAUUUCUGUUGAUUAUUUGAACAAUGACCGAAUCUACUGGAGUGAUUUGAAGGAAAAUGUAAUUGAAUCUAUGAAAUUUGAUGGAACGGAUAGGAAGCCUGUUUUGCAUGGAGCAAGCAGUCCGUAUAGUCUUGAUGUCUUUGAAGGCCACUUGUACUGGAUAUCGAAAGAAAGAGGGGAAGUCUGGAAAGAAGACAAAUUUGGGAAGGGUGAAAAGGUCAAAAUGCUGACUAUAAACCCCUGGCUUACUCAAGUCCGUAUCUAUCACCAGCACAGAUGCAAUCAGUCAGUGUCCAAUCCUUGCAAAGAUGUCUGCAGCCACCUCUGCUUGCUGAGACCUGGGGGAUACACCUGUGCUUGCCCACAAGGGGCUCAUUUUGUGGAAGGCAGCUCAACCGAGUGUGAUGCAGCCAUUGAACCUGCUCCUACAAUGCCACCAGCAUGUAGAUGUAUGUAUGGAGGAACAUGCUAUAUUGAUGAAAGUGGGCUUCCUAAAUGCAAAUGUGCGUAUGGCUACACUGGAAAUUAUUGUGAAGCAGGGUUGUCAAAGGGAGUGCCUCCUGGAACAACAGUGGCCGUGUUGCUGACUGUCAUUCUGAUCAUCGUCAUCGGAGCUCUGGCUGUGGGUGGCUUUUUUAAUUACAGACGGACAGGCUCCCUCUUACCUUCACUUCCCAAGCUGCCCAGUUUAAGCAGUCUUGUAAAAUCUACUGAAAAUGGCAAUGGGGUAACAUUCCGAUCUGGAGCUGAUAUGACCAUGGACAUUAGCGUGUCUGGCUUUGGAGCUGAAUCUGCUAUUGACAGAGCAAUGCAAAUGAAUGAAAACUUUGCUGUGGAAACUGGGAAGCAGCCAAUCACAUUUGAAAACCCCAUGUAUACCACAAAAGACAGUGGAGCUGUGAGCGUGAACAUAGCUCCUCCCACACAAGUAACUGCUUCCAGCAGUGGAGAAAAUGACAAUUUUGAGAAUCCUGUCUAUGCUGCUUCCAUAUCUGCCAGUGCUCCCCAGCCUCCUACAAGCACAGAAACUACUCAGGAUUCAAAGUGGAGCUUCUUUAAAAGAAAACUGAAACAAAGUACUAAUUUUGAAAAUCCAAUCUACGCAGAGAUGGAAAAAGAACACCAAGGGGAAGCUGAGAAUCCCCCUCCUCCAUCUCCAUCACUGCCUCAGAAGAUCAUCCUCAAAAGAGAUCAACCAUUAGCCUACACAGCAACUGAGGAUUCAUUCAAAGACACCGCCAAUCUAGUCAAAGAGGACUCUGUUGUAUAACUAGCUCAUAUAGGGAAUAAUGGGGAUGUCUCCUAAAAAAAAUUGUUGUUCAGUUCUUACCAAAAAGUAAUUACAAGUCACCUGGUUUUUGUUAUUUUGUUUGUUUUUUGUGCAAAUCUGCUCAUAUGCAGCUGAAAUCAAGGCUUGGAAUUCCUAUUUGGCCACACACUGCAAAAAACAGGCAGCAGCCAAGUUGUCUCUGCUGUGACAUCAUCGCUGCUGUCUUUCUUUUGAGAAAGAGUGAAGUUUCCUGUAAUAAUCUGGCCAAAAAUAACCAUGAUUUUGAAAAGUCCAAAAGGUAUAAGUGGUGUGUAGUACCACUGUUCAAUCACACAACAAAAAGCACACGGGGGGCGGGAAUUGUGCAUGUACCUACAGAAAAGAAGCAAUGGGAAAGGGUUCUGUGAAAAACCCAUGUUGUUUGUCAGAACCACUUCAGUGUUAGUUCAAAUACAUUAUAAAAUGUUUAUAAUCCUCCAAUACUGUAUUUUUAUUCAUAUUUGUAUUUGAUUUUUUUUCCUGCUCCUUAUUUGGAAAAGGGAGCAACUGUGUGGAGAAGGGUGAGGGUGAACAAUUUUGUAGGAGUGGAGAUGUGGGGAGUGAAGACCACAAGGUUAAUAUUAGAGCUAGUUGUAUAACACAAAAAAUAUCUCCCCCCCCCGCAAUCACCCUCUUAUAUGGCAUGCCAGUAUAAGGGGAAAUUAAUUUCAUUUGAUUUAGCUCUGCCCUUAAAAAAAAGUGGGAGGGAAGCAACUGUGUAGAGAGGGGGCGGGGGUGUGAACAGUGUCUGUUUCCUGCUCUAUUUGCUGCCUUUUGCCCUAGGAACAGCUGAGAAGAAUUUAUAUCAGGGCUGGUGAAACCCACCGAAAGAGAAAUCUUUUGAAAAUAAAGGGCAACCAUUAUUAUAUCUGAAUGAUUUAACUCCCAUCUCUGAGGUAGAUUGGGCCUGUCCUAUCACAUAGGCCUCAAAUGCUUAGCAGAGGUUAGUGUUGCUGCUUUGGUACAAUACUGGCCUCUUCCUUCAAUUUGUUUCAUUUUACCAUCUUCAUAUGGUAAGUAAAGUUGCACCAGUUGGAUGUCUGCCUAUCGUGCCUAAAAGUCCUGGGCCCUCUGGACCUUACAAGGAACUUAGCAGUCCCUUCGGCUUAUGAGGUGCAAUGUUGGCGGGUUGUAAAAGCCAAAUAGGGCCACUGAGGCUUAGCAGUUCUGAAGUAAAGUGAAGGGAGAGGCCACGGCCAGACAGAAGGCAUGGAGGGCCACUGUCACAGCUAGGGAGCCCUAAGGCCUCUGUGACCGAGCCUGUUUCCCUGUUUACCUCAGAGACACGAGUUAAAUUCGUUCAAGUGUAAUAAUGGUUGCCCUGGGUGUUCAAGAGAUUUCUCAUUCUUUGGGGGCAGAUUUCACCAGCCCUGACAGAAACAGAAAACCAUUUGUAGUUUUCACUCCCCUUAUCUCCACUCCAACGUAAUUAUCAUUGCCUGCGAAGACGUUUGCGAUCAUGCAGGAAUCUACAAAUGGCAGAUUUCCUGCAUUUCCCAUGACAAAUCCUUUCCCAGCACAUUUUCAGGAAUCAGCACAAAACCAGUCCACACAACUCAGUCGCCCUCCCACACAUCUCAGAAGGCUGCCGGGAGGUUGAGCUGCAUCAAUGUUAUAAUCACCUCAUCCAACGGGAGAGUGUUUUUGCUGUGAAUCUUUAAAUGGUUUUUUAAACAAACUACUUCACGUAGGACCAAAAAAUAUCAAAGCGCUACCUAAUGGUAAGCUGCUUAAUGGAUUAAUACUACUAAAAAUGCUAGAUGAGAUUUAGGAGACAUCCUCAUUAGGCACUACCAUUUGCACAUAUAUUUUUGUAAACAGAAGGAAAAAAACGGUUCACAACUCUUUAUAAAGAAAUAUAUUUAGUCUUUAGCUGGAAAGUCAUCUGUUGAAACCAUGCCUUGAUUUUUGUUUUGUUUUUGUUUUUUUUACACAUGCCAAUGCCUAUUUUUAUGAACAAUUAUCACGGUGUACUAUAUGUAUAUCUUUGCACUGACACUCUCUGAAAGUAAUGUUAUAAAUAUACUGUACAUUUGUAAAUUUCUGAAAAAUUAUCUGGUCAUUGAUGUUUUAGUAUGAAUCUGUUCUGAAAUUGCAUCAUUAGGGAUACAGCCUCUAUAGAAAUGAUUAUACUAAAUAAAAUAAAGGAAAACAUAGUGGCAUCUAUUGAGUUGCAAAGACCUUUGGAACAUAUAUUUAUAGGUAGCACCCUGCUAAGUUUGUAUUGGUGCUUACUUACAUCUCUGCUAUCUAUUUCAUAUACCAGAGUACGUGGGGGGAAAAUAGGUGCCUCUUUUGUAUGAUACUAAACAGAACAUGAACAAUUUACAAAUAACUGUCUUGGUUUGGGGCGGGAAACGUGGCACAAAAUGUUUCUCUUGUACUAAUAUUUUUCCUCGUGGAUAAUUUCUUCCCCUCAAAUACUAUCUUUUUUCCUACGGUCCCUAUUUCAAAAUGUCAUUACUGGUGUCUGUGGGAAGUUAGGAUGUGUUUUACACAUUACCACCUUCAUAUUUAAUUUAGUGACACUUUCUUGAUCAUCAGUGGAAUAAUUCUAUUCUCAGCUGAAGUCUCCACAAGUCAUUUUUGCUGUUCAAUUGAUAGUAGCUAGCUAUCCAAAAUGCUUUAUUUCUGUGCCAUAGCAUACAAACGAUGCUGGUACGCUUUAAAAUGAGCCAUCUAUCUCUAUUUUGUAUUUCAUGUGAAAAAAUUUAAUAUUUGUUGACUAUUUAUUUCCUGAAGUGGGCAAUAAUAGAAAGGGAAACCAUUUUUACUGAUACAGCCUUGUACUGUACAUCUUGUUGUUUUUACAACUGAUUAGCUGGUUUAGUAGGCAUAACUUGAACCCUUUAAGGAAAGUCUGUCUGCCACUCCGGAAUAUAUAGUCGAACCUGUUAUUUUAGCAUCCCUGGCCUAGCUACUCCUAUAACUCCAGGCUUCUAAAUUUAUAAUGAAUGAGAAUUCUGCUAUUUUGUUUGGGGGUAGGAAUUAAUGCUUGAAUUCUCAAAAUAAGUGCUAUCCCUCUUUUAAUAUGCUUGGUUUUAUUACCUUGAUAUGUACUUUGAUUAGAAAGGAAAACUGGAAAAUGCUGCUGUUGAAUAAAUCUAAUAAAUGUGUGUUUUAUGAUUGUC